AUGUAUGUGAAAUGGUUUGAUACAGUAAUGUUUUACUAUGUUAUUUUAGUGAAUUUAGUGAAUGUUACUUUUUGUCAUUUUCAAAUUUCCCGCCAUUCCGUCGUUGCAGGGGACGGAACCCAGAAGACAGAUGCAGGCAUCCGCCGGAGGACAUUACAGGGGACACUGCAGGAGGGACAUUGCAGGAGCGCAGGACAAGGUAAGAGAAGAACAGAUCCCGGAGCAGCGCCGCAUGGUAAGCCCGAGUGUAGCUCGGGGUUACCGCUUGUGCUACACUCAGGAAUACCGCAAGGGAGGCUA